AUGUCCAAGUCUGUUUGGGAGCCUGUACAUCUAUUGAUGUCUUUUCAUGGGAAUAAUGAGAUAUGCUUCGAAGGUGUCCGGUACCAAAAUAUGCUAGACGAUUUACGGGAACUGGUCUUUCCUAUGUGGCCUCACGGAGUUGACACCGACUCUGCUAAGGACCAUCGAUGGCGCGUAGUUUUCGGCAGGGCUCCCUGGAGUAGUACCGGUACUGAGAAACUCAUGGUUCGAAGAAUGUUGUGUAGGAUGUUCUCAUUCUUGGCACGUCUGGGCUAUCAUUACAGUACCUCGGUAAACAUCGGGAGUCGGGGCAAACCCCCACGGCUGGUCUUUGUGGACCGGGGCGAAUCUGCUCGUGACCCUCACGUCCACUUCUUCUCUGUUUGCUUCUCCCGCUCCGAUGAGAAAGUCUCAAUCGUCGACCCCCCGGGUACCAUCCGCGACUCGAUCGGUACAGCGCUACGCAAUGCCUUUCCGCGCAGGAUUGCAUCCGAUAGGGUCACGGAGGAAAAUAUUUGUCUCAUCGAGCUCAAAAGGGGUGUGAUUGGAGCAGCCGAUGUGGAUAAGAGUCUGUUUGUGAGUUAUGUGCUAAAACAUAUAAACGAGCUUGGAUAUAAGUUGGACGCCUGCGUGCCCCUUGCACGGCGAGGUCCUUUGGGCUUCGGCGGGCGGAAGGAGAUAUGGAUAUUCAAGGGGACGCUUGACUGA